UGUUGAGUAGUCUGAUUGCGAUGUAAUUCCCCUGCGCCUCCCCGCGUUCCACCAACAAAUUGGCAAAAAGAACCCAAAAAUCCGCGAGACAAAAAUCAAUAUAAAGCCCCAACUUCCAACAAUUCUGCAAAUAAAUUUUUCGAACAAUCAAUUGAGAAUCAAUUAACUAUAAUUAUUGGGUCCGAAUGAAAGAUCAACGGGAAUAAUCACACGAGCGGCUCCAGAGCAUCCGUAUCGCCCAGUUUGACAGAAGAUACUGAACACGCGCAAACUUGACUGGAGGAGGUAUCAUAUGAGUCAACUGUCGAAUGAUGAACACCUGCUGCCACCUUCUGGAGGAGCCCCAAGCUUCACCAUCUCUCUUUCUUUACCUUCCUCAACGCACACAAAAGCCGCACCUUGGGAAAAUUCGGAGCAAUGUAAGCCGCCAUGGCGACAUUACCUCCACGAAAAAAUCCGACACCAACGAAAAUAUCAAAGGAACAUUUGACCCCACUUCAGAUACUGCUGCAACUCGGAUUUCCGAAGCAUCGAGCGUCCCCGACGAAUCCGCCGAGCAGGUCUCCCACGCAUUAGAUACCCUCCUCGAUCAGAGUGAGUGCCCUGAGUGCAUAGACUUCGACACGUACAUAUCCCCCAACUUCAUGGGCCUCUUCGUGGACGACAAACAGGCGAAAUGGCUGGACGCAGUAGCAGUUCGCUUCGUCCACAAAUUAUCAGCCCUGGGAAUCAAUGCGGAGGCUCACACCAACUCGUUGCACAUAUCUCUGGCCUAUCAGUUCUCCAGCAAUCUCUUUCAGCCUCUGAGGUCGAUGGUGGAAAGAUUGGGGAGUAAUUCUACUAGCAAUUGGGAAUUGAGACUCUAUUCCAGAGAUUCUCGACUUCGAGACGCUCAUGUGCAUAAAGUGACUCAUGCCCACGUCCCCAAAGAGCAUGAUGAAUUGGAAUUGAGACCUGGGGAUUAUAUUUACCUGCCAGAAGGCGCCUGCAGUGCCUCCAUCGACGGCUGGGUGGAGGGGGUCUCCUGGCUGACAGGAACCUCCGGCUAUCUCCCGUUGAAUUAUACUGAGAGAACAGCGGAGACAGACUCCUGGACCCUUCACACGACUGUUCAGAUCAAUGGGAGUAAUGAUCAUGACCCGGAGAUGGAUAUCCCGAGGAGCAGGAAACCUCCUGUGUUGUCCUCCUCGGAGUCCAUUGACACCCCUGAUGGAGUGGCUACGGACAGUGAACCCUUGGAGGGUCUGGUGUCCCCUUCAACCCCUUCCAGACAGAUUUAUAUUUGCAGACAUGGGGAGAGGGUGGAUUUUACGUUCGGGGCGUGGAUACCGUACUGCUUCGAGGCGAAUGGGAGCUACAUAAGAAGGGAUCUAAAUAUGCCUAAGGAGAUACCACCGCGAAAUAUUCAGGAAUUCCACAACGACAGUCCCUUAACCACCCUCGGGGAGACGCAGGCAAGCCUAGUGGGUGAAGCCAUGAAGUCAUCAGCCGUGAAGAUCGAUGUUGCCUUCACUUCCCCUUCGUUAAGAUGUGUUCAGACUUUAUCAAAAAUUCUCAAAGGUCUUGGGUCCAGUGUUCCAAUGAAGGUGGAGCCUGGACUGAUCGAGUGGUUGGCCUGGUAUCCCAAUGGCCUACCCACCUGGAUGAAUAAUGAGGACUUGAGCAAAGCUGGGUUCAACGUAGACAGAAAUUACGAAGCUAUUGUUAAAGCUGACGAACUCCCUCAGAGGGAGAACGCUGCUCAGUAUUACGAGAGGAGUUACAAGCUGAUCAAGAGGAUCAUCGAGAGCACUGUUGGAAAUAUUCUUAUCGUAGCUCAUGCAGCUUCUCUCGCUGCUUGCACCAGGCAACUCACUGGGGGGAGAAUUCCCUCGGCUGCUGAAGUGACCAGACUCGUCCAGAGAGUUCCCUAUCUCGCUUGUCUCACUGCGCAGGAGGAGAUUGAUGGCUGGCAACUACAUCCACCACCUUUUCCACCUAUUACCCAUUCCAGUAAUAGUAGAUUCGAUUGGAAGAUAUUGAUAUAGAUUAGAUGGUGAAUUUAUUGAGGUGUUUUAGGAGGUAUUAAUAGGAGAUUGAUUCAGUAGUGAAGUUUAAUAUGAGGAGUUUAAGGGAAAAAUGUCUGGGACACUUUGGAGAAUUAUUUUUUCUUUCUUAGGUGAGGGUCAAAUGGUGUUGGGAGUCAAACGAGCUUUAAGAAAAUUUGGAAUUGAAAGUCAAUUGGUGUCGAGGCUCAAACGAGCCCUAAGGAUAUUUGAAGUUGAGGGUCAACUUAUUUUGAGGGUCAAAUGAUCUUUAAAAACGUUCAGAGUUAAGGGCCAAAUCGUCUCGAGCAUCGAAUGAGCCAUAAACACGUUUAAAAUUGAAGGUCAACUGAUUUUGAGGGUCAAAUGACCUUUAAAAAAGUUCACAGUUGAAAGAAAUGGGCUUGAGGGUCAAAGGAGCCUUAAAGACGUUUGGAGUUGAGCCUCAACUAAUUUUCAGGAUUAAAUGACCUUUAAAAACGUUCAGGGCUGAGGGUUAAAUGGUCCUGAGGGUCACACAAUUUUUAAAAACACCAAGGGUCAAAUGGUUUUGAGAGUGAAACCUUUAGAAAACGUGACCAUCAUCUCCAAACGUCUUUAAGGGUCACUUGACCCUCAUAACUGUUUAUCCUCAACGAAAAAUAAUUUAGUUUCAAAUCCUAACUUCGGAAACUAUUUCAAAAUAAUUAAGAUGAAAUCUUUCGACAUUGUCCUCUCACCGGAAUAAUUUGAAAAAUAUUAAAAUUUGAACUUGGCUACUGAGUUACAAAGACUGCUGCGAUACAAUGAAUUUUAUAAAUGUUAUUUCAGUGUAUAGUAUAUCAAAGGUGUUAUCCUACGUUAAUAAGGAAAGUAAUGUUCAUCGUCCAAUAAUUAUGUCUUUCAAAUUUGAGAACAUAGGUGGUAACACGAAUUUCUCGAUGUCUCCUUGUGAAUGAAUGUUCUAGAGGUUUAUUGGGUACUGAGGUCGUCGAUGUGAAUUUCACGACAGGGAUAACAAUCAUAUUUAUGAUUAUUUAAAUGGUGUAAUUUGUUGUCAGUGAGGUAUAGUAUAUUUUUAUAAUUAAUUUAUUCAUUAUUUUGCAGGAGAUACAAUGAACAACGAUCUUAUAAUAAAUUGCAUGUCUUCCAAUGUAAGAUGAAUUAUUUAGGGAUAUAAUAUAGUCUAUUGUUAUUAAAUUGUGGGGAAGAAUGUCAAUCUUAUUGAAGUUUUCAAUGAAAUAAAUUUUUCGAUCUGUUUCCAAUCACCAA